AUGGCACGCUUCCAGUUGACAAAAUCGAGGCCCAGGUCGUCCAUCGUCGAUUGGCACGGUAUCUUCUUCAACAAAAAACACUUUACCGACGCAGUCAUUCUCUACCGUUGCUGCGUUGUCUCACUCCACAACAGGGGGACUAUGUUCUAUGAGAGAUUCACGAGGGUGCUUGCGGCGACCAUUCGGGAGCCCGAUCCUUGGCCCACUCUCCACUUUGAUGUCAUCAAGCCUGUACAGCAGUGUGACCAAUGCAAACGGUUUAGCUUGAUUUCGAAGUUGCCUGACGAACCUCUGGCCCAGAUGGUCAGUCCUUGGCCGUUUCCACCGUAG